UGGGUAAGAUUAAUAAGUAGAUGGAUGACACAAGAAUGAUCAAUCCUUGGAACUGAAGAUAUUAUGUACAGCCUAUUCAGCAGUGUUGAGUGAUUGCCCUCAAAGGCUAACUUCAUUGUUGGGGUUAUGGCCUUGAACAAUUAAAGGAAAUUAAAGAAUCAAACCAGAAUUGAUCUUGUUCUGCAAGAGUCGGGUACAGCUGUCAGUUACCACCACAGAAUUGAAAUACGUUCGGCAGCUGAAAAUUGAUUUUUAAUUUCCUCUGGAGUAGACUAACUGUGUCAGGUAACAUUGGAACACAGCUCUAUCGUUGCCGUUGGAGUGGGAGGUAAAGUGAUUUCAGUUCAAAUGGAGCAGUAUGAAAUUCUGGAACAGAUUGGCAAAGGUGCAUUUGGUUCUGCUCUGCUUGUCAGGCACAAGCAUGAAAAGAAAAAGUAUGUCCUUAAAAAGAUUCGCCUUGCUCGCCAAACGGACAGAACCCGUAGGUCUGCCCACCAGGAGAUGGAGCUUAUAUCUAAAGUUCGUAAUCCAUUUAUUGUGGAGUAUAAAGAUUCCUGGGUAGAAAAGGGUUGUUUUGUAUGUAUCAUCAUUGGCUAUUGUGAAGGAGGGGAUAUGGCCGAAGCUAUAAAAAAGGCUAAUGGUGUUAACUUUCCUGAAGAGAAACUUUGUAAGUGGCUUGUUCAAUUGCUGAUGGCACUUGAUUACUUGCAUGGAAAUCAUAUUCUGCACCGUGACGUCAAGUGUUCAAAUAUAUUCUUGACAAAAGAUCAAGAUAUACGGCUAGGUGACUUUGGUCUUGCUAAAAUGUUGACUUCUGAUGAUCUUGCUUCCUCAGUUGUUGGGACUCCAAGUUAUAUGUGCCCAGAGCUUCUUGCUGAUAUACCUUAUGGCUCUAAGUCAGAUAUCUGGUCUUUGGGAUGCUGUAUCUAUGAAAUGGCUUCUCACAAGCCAGCUUUUAAAGCUUUUGACAUACAAUCAUUGAUUAUCAAAAUAAACAAGUGUAUAGUAGCUCCCCUGCCAACCAUGUAUUCUGCUGCUUUUCGAGGUCUUGUUAAAAGUAUGCUGCGGAAAAAUCCAGAGCUAAGGCCAACUGCUGCAGAAUUACUAAAUCAUCCGCAUCUUCAGCCUUACAUUCAUAAAAUUCACCUAAAAUUAAAUAGCCCCAGAAGUACUUUUCCAUUCCAAUGGCCCGAGUCAAAUUAUGUAAGGAGAACUCGGUUCGUAGAGCCAGAAUCUGUUUCUACUCUUUCUGACCAAGAUAAAUGCUUGUCAUUUAACCAUGACAGGACCUUGAAUCCUAGUAUUUCGGAAACUGAACAAGUUUCUCAUUGUUCUACUCAAAGAGCACAUGGAUUAUCCACUUUUUCAGAAGAGAAACUCUAUGAACUAUCUGUUGGUUUUGUCCGUGACAAAUGCAAUACUGACAAAUCAAAAGCCACAAAAUUCCCAACUGUUGAAAGAACACCAAAACUGAAAGCAGUUAAAGAUUCUGCCACUGGCAAAAGGCAAACAGUGGCACCAUCAAAGACAACCCACACUGGUUCAAAGCGUGAUUCUCUUCCAGUGUCUCACGCACCAUCUAGAAAGUUUUCCACACCACCAAGAGCCAGGGCCACAGCAAACUUGUACACCAAAGUUGGCAUCCUUCGAAGUGUGGACUCUCUUGAUGUUUCUGUUAAUGAACCACGAAUUGACAAGAUUGCAGAAUUUCCAAUGGCUUUCUGUGAGAAUCCUUUUUUCCCUGUCCGUGCACCAUCAUCAACAUCAGCUCGCUGCUCUUCUAGCUCAGCAGGGAGCACUGCUGAUAUCUCCAUCACAAAGGACAAGUGCACAAUCCAGGAGGACAAAGUUACUGUCCCCAGACUCCCCACCAAUAUUGGUGAUGCAUGCCCUGGUCCAAAGGGCACUGAAUGCUCUUCUGAGCAUGUAAAAGCUUGUGUUUCUGCCGAGUUGGAUCAGCGCCGGUUUGACACUUCAUCGUUCCAGCAGCGUGCAGAGGCAUUGGAAGGGUUGCUGGAGUUCAGUGCCAGGCUCCUUAAACAACAGAGGUUUGAAGAGCUUGGGGUGUUGCUGAAGCCAUUCGGGCCUGAGAAGGUUUCUCCAAGGGAAACAGCUAUUUGGUUGACCAAGAGCUUUAAGGAAACUGUGGUCUAACUAAGGUUUUCUUUUCGAUUUUCAUGCACGUAUAUCAUAAUUGCUAACUGAUAUUGUACAUAAUGGUGUAUAUUGGUUGCAUAAUAAUGAAGAGUGGCUUUUAUUAUUGGUGUCAUCA